AAAUAACAUGUGACGCUAACACAGGAUCGGUCAACUACCCUAAGCAAUAAACAUGCCUUUGAAGAUUGCAAAAUAUUGUGCAGUGCCAAGCUGUAGAAAAACCCAGUCGUUGCAUAACCUUCCUUCUGAUUCAAACACCAGGAAUGCGUGGUUGAACUUUGUUUUUAAUGAAGUUCCAGAUCACGUGAAUAAGACACUGUGCGUUUGUUCGCUUCAUUUCGCUGCGGAUUCCUUUGCAAACAAGAAACAGUUCGACGCUGGAUUUGCAGAGAGAGUGAGAUUAAAAAACGGUGCUGUGCCUUCUAUAUUGGAUCCGACAAAAACGGCGCAACACACUUAUAUCUGGUCCUCCAAAACUCAUAACAAUCACUGCUCACACCUUCAUCCAAGCCAUUCCCAAAUGAAAGCUGUUGUAAAGAUGGAGGUAAUUAAAGGGGACAAUGGUGAUAUUAGAAAUUCAGAAGCAUGUGGAGUGAAAGCUAAAGAUACAGAGGAACAAAUAGACUCGAUGAAUGUGCAAGAGGAAAGUGAAGAAUUUAAUGAAAAAGAGAAGACCCCUCCGAUUCAGAACAUUCAUGAUGCCAGAACUGGAGAAAAAAAAGGAGAGACAAAAUCUCAAAGAGCAAAAGCCAAAAAGACUAUUACCUGUCCUCAAUGUGGAAAGAGCUUCUCAUGUAAUUCAGUCUUUAUUGUUCACACAAGACGUCACACAGGUGAGAAGCCGUUCACAUGCCCUCAGUGUGGCAAGAGUUUCAUAAAUAAAGGAAACCUUAGCAGUCACAUGCAAAUUCACACUGAAGAGAAGCCAUUUAAAUGUGAUCAGUGUGAAAAGAGUUUCAAAUGGUCAUAUAGUAUCAGAAUUCAUAAGCUCAUUCACUCUGGAGAAAAGCCAUUUGAUUGUGAUCAGUGCGAUAAGAAGUUUGUUAAGGAAUCAGAUUUAAAGGGCCAUAGGAAAGUUCACACAAAAGAUAAGCCUUACUUGUGUUCUGUUUGUGGAAAGACGUUUUCAUGGCUCGGCCGUUUUAAAGACCAUCAGAAAAUACACGCUGGUCUGAAAGAGUAUUUGUGCUCUGAUUGUGGUAAAGCUUUUACUACAGCCACUCAGUUGAAAGUGCACCAAAGGAUUCACACUGGAGAAAGACCUUACAAGUGUUCGUAUUGUGAAAAGAGUUUCAAACAGUUUGGAGCCCUUCAAGCACAUGAGAGAAUUCACACUGGAGAGAAGCCAUAUCAAUGCCAUCAGUGUGGCAAGAGAUUCAAUUGUUCCAAAACUACACAGGUUCACAGUAAAAAGCAUUGCCCAAAAUUAAAUGGAAUGUCAGUACAAUUAUAAAGCUGUUUUUUUAUUAUUAUUUGGGAGGGGUGUUUUUAAAUAAAUGUGUGAAUUGGCUGUCUUCAGAAAAGUGUCAAUGGUGUUUUCUUUUCUUCAUACCUCUGUAUAAUGCUGAAUAAAGUUUAUAAUAAAGUACAUUUAUAAGUGCAGU